AUGGCGCCACAAGAAUCUUUUUUGAACGAUUGGGCGAUUAACGUACAGAAGACAUGUGUGGAUGAAGGUAGCGUUCGGGUCAGACCAUCAAGGCUUGUUUCUGUAUCAUCUAUGCUUGGAUCGGGCCUUGCUGGUUCAAACUAUUCGGCCUCAAAAUGGAGACAAGAAGCUCACGACCUUUUUGGUUUGAAAAGGCUAGCUAGAGCGUAUUUCAAGAGCGGUGGGUCCUUCACAAAAGAGGAAGCUCCUGAAAAUGGAACGAACAAGUAUACCGCCAAAAUUCAUAAUUCCCAUGGAAAUCAUCCCUCUAGUGGCACGAUGAUUAAAGUCAGCAAUAGACUGCCACAAAAGAGACAUAUAUACUCAGUAUCAAUGGACUCGUUCACUGAUCAAGGGAAAAAAGCUACGAUAACAAAAAACUCAAGACAUACGGUAGGUAACGACCUAAGCGGUGAUUUUCCUAAACUGAUGGACACCAAGACAACUCGGGGUACAAAUGUCUCCGAUUUGAACUUUCUACAUCGGGAUCAGGCUCCAGCAGCUCUUUCUAAAACUAAUUCAGAAUCCUCAGAGACUAGUGCAGAGAGAGUAGUGCAGCUAUGCAACUUGCCCAAAGACUUUGGUUUACAGAGUUUGAUAUCUCAAGUUUACGGAGGGCCGCUUGAGAAAAUAAAUCUCUGUAACGAUCCUCACAAUCUGUCUGUUAUCAACGGUGUACAGUUGCAUUUUGCUUCAAGUCAAGCUGCCAAGAGUUUUAUGUUAUAUGGACAAACUAAUCAUCUAAAUAUAAACGGACACAUACUGAAACCUGAAUGGGCUUUAAAGCACAAUAGUGACUUAUUCGACGUGAACCGUGAAAUGAUGAAAGUCAGUGCAAACGAAAACAAUGUUAAGGAAAGCUUAGAUGGGCUUGGGGUACGACGGUGUCUAAUAGUGAAGAAAACCGGACACUCGAAUCACUCUAGGUCGCGGCAUGUCUACUCCAGUCGACAAAGCUUGUGCCAAUUUGAUGUCAAGGAACUGAGAAAAGAUUUCGAAGAAUUCGGGAAGAUUGUUGAAAUUACUCCAAUGAUAUCCCGUAAGCUCUGUGUUUCAAUUAGUUUUUUUGACACUCGAUCUGCGAUGAGUGUUUUGGAAAGCUACGAGAAACCGAAUUCGUACAUGAAUCUGAAAUAUAACAGAGAUUGGUCAAUAACCUAUGGCCGCGAUGUUACAGAUCGCCCAUGCUACAUGAUUAUUUGA